GGACAGAAGUCUUCCCUCGCAGGGUGGGAGGGCUCAGAGUGUCCCCUGCUGUGGUCACAGAAUGAGCAGGGGAACUGGGAGAGGGGGGGCAACUGACCUUCUCCCCUCAGACUCCAUAGCAAGCGGGUCUUCGAAAGGGGCCUGUGGGCCUGUGGACCAAAUCCCUCCCCCUCACAGCCCAGCUCCUCUGGGAAGAAAAGCAGCAGUGCCCUUGGUGUGUGUGACCUUUUGUAGACAUUUACUUCUCUGGUCUUGACAGCAACCUUGUUAGGUGUUAUUCUCCCUGUGACAUGCAGAGAGGAGAAAUGACUCACCCAAGGUCACACAGCAAGUGUCUGGCAGAGCCAGAAGCACAACCUAGUUCUGCCCAACUCCAUAACCUAUGUUUGCCAGAAGUUUUUCAGUGGUAAAUUAGAGAAAUCAGCCUCAAAAUGCCUUAGCAGAAAGGGGAAUUUGUUAGAUUUUAUAACUGAAGAGUUCAGGAGUGUAAGACUGGCUUCAGGUAUGACUGGAUCCAGGGGCUCACAUGAGGAUCUGUCUCCAGAAUGUAUUUCCAUCUGCCUCCCAGCUCUGUGUUCCUCCAUGUUGGCCUUAUUCUCACGUGGGUCUCCAUAUGUGGAGUCAAAGUGGUACAGUUCUGGCUUAGUCCCCUUAGCAGUAGAAGUAAUUAUAGCAGAAGGCUCAGGGCUGAUUCUCCUUGGCCGGGACAACGAAGCAUCCUGAUUGGCCAGGCUUAGAUCACAUGCACAUUACCUGGCGUUGUGGAGGGGUACAGUCAGCCAUACCUAAACCUCAUGGACAGAGAUUGGGGAAGUUGGGGUUUCCCCUGAAGAAAAUGGGAUGCUGGACAGGGAAAGCCAAGAGAAGUCCCUCUGACCACCUCCUACUCUGGGCGCUCUGUCCGGCUGCUCUGGCUCCUGCCCUGUUCGUCCUCAUUGGCUUCUCUUUGCCGCUGGGGCCUCUCAGCUUCCUGUGGCUGCUGGGUGCUUGGCCUGCCCCUACCGGGGCUGCUUGAUGCUCUGUCCUAGGCCAGAGCUGGGGUUGGGUUGCUGGGACCAGAAGUUUGCUCCGUGGGGAGUGGGGAGUGGGGCAGAGGGGGCUGUGGAAUAUCUCUCCAACUCACAGUCACUUCCAAGUCAGUAUCUCAGGGCCCCCGAAGUCUUGAGGAGACUUAAUCUCGCCUGUGCUUGGCAGGUGGCCUGGUCCACAUGGCUGCAGGAUGGCCGCAGUUCAGACGUCACACCUCAGCGCCACCACAGGCGCCCACAGGAGCCUUCCUCCCUUUCUCAGGGAGGCAGCUUUCCUGGGAAGGCCCCUGCCGCGGGGCACCCGGCCUAAAGCAGGUCUGCCCGAGGAGAAAGGGCUGCCCUCCCUGACUCUCACAGAGCUGCUCUGCGGGCCCUGCUGGUACAGGGAGGACCAGCAGUCAUUGGGGAACUGUCCCGCGCGUCACAGGCCAGCUGGCAGCCCUGGACCUGCCCCCGCAGCCCCUUAUCACAGCGGAGCACCAGGUGCCCUGCUGAGGGGUCUGGUCCUGCUCCCGCCCCAGCUCUAAACUGCUGCUUAUGCGAGGCUUCUGGCGCUGGGGAGGGGCCCGCCCUGAAGGCCCCUUCAGGGCAGCGCGGAGGGCAGCAUCCCUCACCACAGGGAUGCUCCUGCCACAGCCGGCCCGAGUCCUGGAACAAAAUAGCAGCUCGUUAGUGGGGAAGAAGGGGGCAGUGUCUGCUGGGGACGCCGCCACUGGUGCCAGCCUCACCACUGCGGAAUAUCCAGUGCUCAGGCCAGAAACCGCGACGUCAGCCUGCCUCGCUCUCUCCCCUCCCUGUGCGUGUGUCUCGGCAGGUCUUCUUGGCCCCCCUCCCAAAGUCACCCCAGAUCCCUCCACCCCAGCCCACUCCGGCACUAGUCACGCUGCUGUCCUCUCGUCUGGACUGGCUCAGGAGCUCCUCUGUCUCCCUGCCCCACUUUUGCCCCACUUCAGUCUGUUCUCCAUGGCAGCCAGAGCAAUCCUCUGCACGUAGACAUGGGACCCCGUUGUCUGCCUUCGUAAGACCUUCUCAUUGCAUUCAGACUGAAAUCAUAUCGCAUGUGGCCACACAGCCCCGUCUGACCCGGCACACCAACCUUUCUGAUCUCACCUCCAGCCACACCUGCCUACAUUUUGCCCUUGAACCUGUCUCUACCCCAGGGCCUUUGCAUUUGCCAUUCUUUCCCGGGUAUGCUCUGUCCAGAUUUUUCCAAGGCUAGCUCUGGCUGUUAUUUAGAUCUCAGCUCAAAUGUCACCUUGUCUGACAACCCAGUCCUAAGCAGCACCCCUUUAUAUUCAUGGAAUUCAGGCUUAGCUGUUGCAACAAAGGCCAAAAUAACAAGACAGAAGGUUAUUUCUGUCUGUUGUAUGACAGUGUUCAAAAUGUCCGGGACGCACAUGGGGGCCCCCUCGUGUCUGGAACCCAGACACCUUUCUUAUUACUGUUAUCCUCAAUCGCAGGACCUCCUCAAUAACAGAGUGGCUUCUGUCUCAUGGUCUAAGGUGGGUGCUCUUGCUCCCACCACCACAUCCAUGUUCCAGCCAAUGGGAACAGAGAUGGCACCACCUGAAAUUGGCAAACCUCACUGUUCAUGUCCAACUGAAUAAAACUCAGUCAUGGCCACAGCCAGGGACAGGGGAGCUGGGGAAGUAGCCAUUGUUCUGGGAAGCCAUGUGCGAGCUAGAGUCCACGGGCUGCAGGGCUAAGGGGCAGGCUGAGUGUUGGGGCUCCAGCAGCCUCUGCUGCGUUUCUGUUGUUUCGCCCCACACUGUUUUCUUCGCUUCAGCCCUUAGCUCUAGGAGGGGUUGGCUGUGCGCGUCCAGGCUCAUGCUGGCUGUCGGCCCCUGCUCCUCGGAUGCAGCCCUGUGAGGACAGGCGUGUCCCUGUGCCUAGACUGUGCCUGGCUCCCAGUGGGCCCUCCCAGGCCUGUGCGGGCGGAGGAACACGGGAAUGGAGGGGGGACUGGCCGCCUCUCCCAUCGGAGGGAACAGAGGAAGAGCCAGCUUCUUUAUUUGGACCUACUGUGUGUCAGAGUUUCUUUGUAAUACUCCCCAUCAACCUGGAGGUUGUUGGCAAGCCCUCGUGUUGCAGUGAGGACAGAAACCAGAGCCAGUGAGCGGCCUGAGCCCCAGGUCCUGGCCCACCCCCUUUGGAGACGUCUUUCAGCCAGAGGUGGCUGUGUUUCGUGGCUCAGACACAUAGUGAGACUGUCCCUGCGUCGUGUCCCGUCCUCGUCUUGUGCCUGCUGUUGUUGAGGGCUGGUGCUCCUGACAGCACAGUGCGGGUUCCUGUGGCAUUGCUGCAAAUUCUUUUGCCAGCAGGGCGCGGGCCUCCGGGUCUGUGCCUGCUGAGGGGAGACUGUGCCCUGACAUGGAGACAGAACAUCUUUUAAAUUUUUGUACAUUGACUGAACUGUAAGGCAGACGGAAAAGUGCAAGAAUCCUAGGUCCAUGGCCCCGUGCAUUUGACACAAUGAGUGCCUAGGACCCAGCACCCAGAUCAAGCACCCAGAGCUGGUGUGCCUCCCCCAACACUGUGCCCUCCGUCCUCCGCAAAUAUGACCCUCGCCUGCAUCUCUCUGCGGGGUCAGACCACAUGUCCGCUCCGGUGCCUGGCUCUGUCUGCAUCAGACCAUGAGGUCCUGUCAUCGCUGCUGUAGCGGUGGCCAUUCUGCUUCUUACUGCACGAGGCUCCACCGUUUACCUGAAGGCUUCCAUUCCGUGUGCCUUCUGCUGCUGGUGGGCAUUUGAGCUGCUCCCAGCCUGGGGCUGGUAUGAAUGUACCAGGAAGUGGAGAUGGGUUACAGCGCCCAGUCUGUUCAAGUCAUCGUUUUAAACGCUGGCAUCUGUUACAUGCUGGUUCCCUGGGCCGCACCUGGCUCACUUGCCCUGGGCCCCGAGCUCCCAGCAGAAGUCCCUACUGCUGUCCCCGAGAGUCCUGUGACCGGGAGCCUGCCACGGUUGUCCAGGGUGGCUGCAGGACCCCAGACCACCAGCUCUCCUGGCCUCCAGUCUGGACUCCUGACCUCUCGUUCUCAGAUCGGGCUGGCUGCUGGGGGAAUGGACACCCUGGAGGAGGUGAUUUGGGCCAAUGGGAGCACAGCACUGCCCCCGCCCCUGGCACCCAACAUCACCGUGCCACAUCGCUGUCUGCUGCUGCUCUAUGAGGACAUCGGCACCUCUCGGGUCCGGUACUGGGACCUCUUGCUGCUCAUCCCCAAUGUGCUCUUCUUCAUCUUCUUGCUCUGGAAGCUUCCAUUUGCUCGGGCCAGGAUCUGUGUCACCUCCAGCCCCAUUUUUAUCACCUUCUAUAUUCUGGUGUUCGUGGUGGCGCUGGUGGGCAUCGCCCGGGCCGUGGUGUCCAUGACGGUCAGCACCUCGGAUGCUGCGACUGUUGCUGAUAAGAUCCUGUGGGAGAUUACCCGCUUCUUCCUGUUGGCCAUCGAGCUGAGCGUGGUCAUCCUGGGCCUUGCCUUUGGUCACCUGGAGAGCAAGUCAAGCAUCAAGCGGGUGCUGGCCAUCACCACAGUGCUGUCCUUGGCUUACUCUGUCACCCAGGGGACGCUGGAGAUCCUGUACCCUGACGCCCACCUUUCAGCAGAGGACUUCAACAUCUACGGGCACGGGGGCCGCCAGUUCUGGCUGGUCAGCUCCUGCUUCUUCUUCCUGGUCUACUCUCUGGUGGUCAUCCUCCCCAAGACCCCGCUGAAGGAGCGCAUCUCCCUGCCUUCGCGGAGGAGCUUCUACGUGUAUGCGGGCAUCCUGGCGCUGCUCAACCUGCUGCAGGGGCUGGGGAGCGCGCUGCUCUGCGCCAACAUCAUCGAGGGGCUCUGCUGUGUCGAUGCCACCACGUUCCUCUACUUCAGCUUCUUCGCACCCCUCAUCUACGUGGCCUUCCUCCGGGGCUUCUUCGGCUCGGAGCCCAAGAUCCUCUUCUCCUACAAAUGCCAAGUGGACGAGACAGAGGAGCCGGACAUGCACCUGCCCCAGCCCUAUGCUGUGGCCCGGCGGGAGGGCCUGGAGGCAGCAGGGGCUGCCAGCACACAGUUCGAUUCGGCCAGUGGGGUGGCCUACCUGGACGACAUUGCCUCCAUGCCCUGCCACACUGGCAGCAUCAACAGUACGGACAGCGAGCGUUGGAAGGCCAUCAGUGCCUGAGUGCGGCCACCCUGGCUGGAAGGCCUGCCGGCCCUGUGGAGGGCAGACAGAGAGAAGGCCAGGGAACACAGAGUGCCCAGGGGAGGAGAAUGAGUGACAGGACUUGUGUGGGCAGCAGGCCUGUCCUGCUCUCCAGGCCCCCAGCUGCCCUCUGCCACCUCUGCCCUGGCUGGGGGCAGCCUCCCCCUUCUGCCCUGCUCAGCGGCAUGGCCCAGGCUCGAUUGCCCAGGGCCAUGCCUGGCUGGCCGAGGCCACUUCCUUUCUGGAAAACCUGGCCACCCAGGACUGGUCUGGUCCUCCUCAGCCUUCUGCCCCCUCCCCUUGGUGCAAUGGCCUCUGCAAAGCCCUCUCUGGCGGGUGGGCUGAAGUGUGUAUAUUUUCGUGAUCUAUUUUUUAAUAAAAAGGAAAAGAA